AUGCGUUUCUUUCCAGUCCUCGCGACUGCCUUCCUGGCCGUCUCCUCGGUCACAGGCGCGUCGCCUGCCGCCGCGUCCUCGUCAGUUGCUGCUACGCAAGAUGAUACAAACAGCGCCGAUGCCAAUGAUGCAGCCAAUAGUGUGGCGAACGCGGCUACUACCGCGCUGAACCAGAAUAGCCCAGCUGCCGCCGUCACAACUACCGCUGCCGCGGCUAAUAAUGAUAAUAACGCCGCCUCAUCUGAUGACGAGACAAAUGCUGCGGAGACCACUGCCGCUUCCGCGAACAAUGCUGCUAACCAGGGUAACAAUGAUACUCCUUCCGCUUCCACGAACAAUGCCCCCGUUGAGACGAGUGCCGCAGCCGCUAACACAAACGGUGCUGCAGAGACUACUGCUGCUGCUGCAAACACCGCUGCUACUUCCAAGGCUGCUGGCAAUGCUGCUUCCAGCACUGCUGCCGCUUCUGUUGCCGAGACUGGCUCCGCUACAUCCACCGGUUCUUCCACCAAGUCUACUGCCUCUAGCGACUCUAGCGAUAGCUCCAGCGACGACAGCAACCUUCUCAGUGGCUUGGAGAGCCUUCUCUCCGGCUCUGGCCUUGGCGACAUUGGUACCGAACUGGGUGACCUUCUCAAGGGUAUUAGCGGUCUCCUGAACCCUAGCCUGCUGAGCGAGAUUGAGGACACCUUCAAGUACCUCUCUACUUCCUUGGCUCCUCCCGUGGACACCAACAUUCGCGUUCUGCUGUCUAACGACAACACCCAGGCUCUUGGUGACCUUAUUACCAACGCUAACACCUUGCUGUCUGCCAAGAACACCAAGACUCUGAGCAGCAUCCUGUCUAAGGCCGAUGCCCUGCUGUCCGAGCAGAACCUCAAUGGAAUUCAGAAGCUCCUGGACAACAUCGACAAGGUCAACGACAUUGUCGACAAUGCCGACACUCUGCUCACUGCUAAGAACGUCAAGUCUAUCGAGAGCUUGGUCGACAACGCCAACGAUCUGCUCACUACCGAUGUUACCAACGCUCUCAAGAAGAUUCUGGGCGAUGUUGUUACCCUGCUGCCCAACCUGGAAGACUUCCUUACCAAGGAGACUUUCACCGAGCUCGGCAACUUGCUCAAGAACGGCAACUCUCUGCUCACCGACAACUUUGUUACCGAGACCAAGUCUUUGGUUGCUGGUGCUUCCAACUUGUUGACCACUUCCGUCACCAAUGCCCUCAAGGAGAUCCUCGAUGCCGUCGUUCCUCUCCUUCCCGAGGUCAAGAGCCUGCUCACCAACAGCACAAUCUCGGAUAUCCAAACUUUGCUGGAGAACGGCAACUCUCUGCUUACCGACAGCUUCGUUUCGGAGACCAAGUCUUUGGUUGCUGGUGCUUCCAACUUGUUGACCACUUCCGUGACCAACGCUCUCAAGGAGAUCCUCAACGCUGUUGUUCCCUUACUGCCUCAGCUCAAGAGCUUCCUCACCACCUCGACCAUCACCGAGCUGGAGAACCUUCUCAAGAACGGCAACUCUCUGCUUACCGACAACUUCGUUUCGGAGACCAAGUCUUUGGUUGCUGGUGCUUCCGGUCUUUUGACCACGUCUGUCACCAACGCUCUGAAGGAGAUCCUCACUGCUGUUGUUCCAUUGCUCCCCGAGGUCAAGAACCUGCUCACCAACGAUACUAUUUCGGAUAUCCAGACUUUGCUCACAAACGGCAACUCUCUGUUGACCGAUUCUUUCGUAUCCGAGACCAAGUCCCUGGUUGCCGGUGCCUCGGGCCUCCUGACCACCUCCGUGAUCAACGCUCUGAAGGAGAUUCUCAGUGCUGUCGUGCCCCUGCUCCCCGAGCUCAAGAGUUUCCUCACCAAGGAUACCCUGGACGAGCUCGAGGACCUGCUCACCAACGGCAACUCCCUUCUCACCAGCUCUUUCGUCAACCAAACAAAGACUCUGGUCGGGAAUGCCGACGAUCUUCUCACUCCAUCCCUGGUCUCGGGUCUCAAGAGCAUUCUCAGCCAGAUCACUCCUAUCCUGCCCGAGGUGGAGAAGCUUCUGACAAAGAGCUACAUCGACAUGAUCGCAUCUCUCUUGACAAACGCCAACGACCUCCUGUCCCCAACGUUUGUCAACGAGACCGAGUCUCUGAUCUCAGGCGCUCACGAUCUCCUCACACCAUACGUCGUCGGCGGUCUCAGCGACCUGCUCAACCACCUCGUCCCAGUCGUCCCCAACAUCACAACGGACUUCCUGAACGCCACGACACUCAAGAACCUGACCUACCUCCUCGGCAACGGUACUGUGCUCCUGGACACCGCCUUCGUCUCCGAUACCAAGAAUCUGAUCGACGAGGCUGGCGAACUCCUCACGCCUUCUACCGUCAAGUCUCUCAGUGGCCUGGUCAGCUCCCUCGACAAGUCUAUGCCAGAGCUCGAGUCUCUUCUCCAGCCUGGUACUAUCAAGGAAUUGCACACUCUCUUGAACAACGCUGGUGAUCUGCUCACUGCUAAGUUCGUAAACGAGACAUCUACUAUUAUUAAUGAUGUUUCUGGAUUGUUGCCCUUGGUCGAGGGUAUCUUGAACUCGCUGUAA